AUGACGGAUUCAUCAGAAAUAAUUCUUUCUUCUUCUUCUUCUUCAUCACCUCCUCCUCCUUCUUCUCAUCCUGAUAAUACAUCUGAUAAUACAAAACUCCCUGUCAACACAAUUGAUAGCAACAAUGGCAACAAUGAUAACGACAGCAGCUCAACAAAUAAUAACGACAAUAACAAUAACGAUGACAAUAAUAGCAGUACAACAAGCAACAACAAACGGAUAGCUACGGAUGAAGUGGGAAACGACAAGGAUGUGAAAGUUCGACGUACUAGUGUAGAACAAGGUGGUUAUGAUUCUGUACCUUUAAUAAAAACUGAACCCUCUCUUGAUACCAACAAUAUUACAACAACUACUCUUUUGAAUUCUGAUGAAAAGAACGACCAAGACAACGAUACAACUACAACUACUAUUCCUGUUACCAAUUCCAAUAUCUCUACCAACAACAAUGGCAACAAUGACAGCAGCACAUCAACUACAAAUACAUCUUCAAAUAUUCCGGAUGAAAAUGUGUUGCGUGGUCAUCCUCAUGGUGCAGCUACAGCAGCUGUCCUUUCUUCUCUUUUGACUGAUCAACAACAACAACAAUUUUUACAGACAUAUGCUCAGGCUAGUGGACAGGAUCUUGCUCAUCUUACGGCUUCUUCUUUAGCUCAAGCUAUGGUAUCUCCUAUUUCAGUACCAGGUUUCAACUUGCUUCAACAAUUACAAGCUGGGAAUGUCAUCACUGCUUUACCUGGUCCACCUAGUGAACUUGGAUUACCAAAUCAUCAUCAUCAUCAAAAUGCUCCCUCACUUCAACAUCCUCCUCUCGAAAGUGUUCAGCAACAUACCACCGAUGGCGACAGAAAACAAUCGAUAUCGACUCUCAGUCCAAACACCAAUAAUGCCAACAGUGCUAAUGAUGAGACUAGUACAACAAAUACGGCAACCAGUUCAACUACGGCAACUUCAUCAUCACCAUCAUCAUCCACUCCAUCUUCUGCUACAACAGAUACCGCAUCUCAAGCCGCCGUUAAUGCUGCUGCUGCUGCCGCUGCCGCUGCAGCUGCUGCAAGGAAUAUGUCUAAUGAUGAACGACGACAACGACGACUUUUACGCAAUAGAGUGGCAGCCAAGGAAUGUCGAAAGAAGAAGAAACAAUAUAUUCAAGAUAUGGAAGAUAAAAUUGCUCGUUUGGAAGAAGAAAAUGCUUUACUCAAGAAACAAUUAGAUGCGGCGAACAAUAAAUUAGCACUCUCAACAAUGCAAGGAUCCGAAAGUUAUCGAUUAAUGAAAGAAGUGGAGGAAUUGAACGCCAAAUUAGGAAUGGGACAUUUGACAUCAUCGACUUCAGUAUCAUCAAAAAUGGAAUCAACACCAAUAACGUCAACAUUACCAUCAUCAUCAACAACAGAAGUAGAACCAUCAUCAGAGACUUCUGGCUCUAAUGGAUUAACGGCAGCAGUGAUUUCAGCUAUGGUAUCUGCUAAACAACAAGAAAAAGGAGAAUCAUCUCAAUCAAUGUUAUCAUCAACACCCAUACCACCUUCCAUACCGGCUGCUUGUUCAACAACCAACACAUCAUCAUCAUCAUCAUCGUCAACAUCGGAUUCUAUAGUAUCACCAAGCCAAACUAGUCCUACCAUUACCUCAGCCCCAGUGGAAGUAUUAUCAUCUCCAUUACCUUCAACAGUGUCACCUCAACCAAUGAAAGUGGAAGAUAUCAAAUUGGACAAUCGAAUGGAAAUUGAUAUAGAACAAUAG